GCGCGUCCAGGGAAGAAAGUCCCCGCUCGUCGCUCUGCGCCUGGUGCGUCGGAUCCGCGAGAGUCUGAAAGCUGCGGAGCGGCCACCUGACGCUCACUGGAGCAGGCAGCAGCAUGCAGCCUCUGCCAACCCUGUGUGGACGCGUUCUGGUGGCGCUGAUCCUUGCCUGCGGCGUGGCAGGGGUCCAGGGAGAAGAGAGGAGAUUCCCGCCGGCCAGGGCCACUCCGCCACUUCUGGGGUCUGAAGAGAUAAUGACGCCCCCGACUAAGACCUCCUGGCCGACGGGGUCCAACGCCAGCGUGCCGCGGUCAUCAGCACCUCCGCAAAUGCCUAAAGCAGGGAGGACGGCGGGAGCCCAGCGACGCACCCUCCCUCCUCCCCCGUGCGAAAGAACCAUCGAGAUCAAGGAGACUUUCAAGUACAUCAACACAGUAGUGUCCUGCCUAGUGUUCGUGCUGGGCAUCAUCGGAAACUCCACACUGCUGAGAAUCAUUUACAAGAACAAGUGCAUGCGGAACGGCCCUAAUAUCUUGAUCGCCAGCCUGGCUCUGGGAGACUUGCUGCACAUCAUCAUUGACAUCCCCAUCAAUGUCUACAAGCUGCUGGCGGAGGACUGGCCCUUUGGAGUCGAGAUGUGUAAGCUGGUGCCUUUCAUACAGAAGGCCUCCGUGGGCAUCACUGUGCUGAGUCUGUGUGCUCUAAGUAUUGACAGAUAUCGAGCUGUUGCUUCUUGGAGUCGAAUUAAAGGAAUCGGGGUUCCAAAAUGGACAGCAGUAGAAAUUGUUUUAAUUUGGGUGGUCUCUGUGGUUCUGGCUGUCCCUGAAGCCGUGGGUUUUGAUAUGAUUACCGCUGACUACAAAGGAAGUUAUCUGCGAAUCUGCCUGCUUCAUCCCACUCAGAAAACAGCCUUCAUGCAGUUUUACAAGAAUGCUAAGGAUUGGUGGCUAUUUAGUUUCUAUUUCUGCUUGCCAUUGGCCAUCACUGCAUUUUUUUAUACCUUGAUGACCUGUGAAAUGUUGAGAAAGAAGAGUGGCAUGCAAAUUGCUUUAAAUGAUCACUUAAAGCAGAGAAGGGAAGUGGCGAAAACAGUAUUCUGCCUGGUCCUUGUCUUUGCCCUGUGCUGGCUUCCUCUUCACCUCAGCAGGAUUUUGAAACACACUCUUUAUGAUCAGAAUGAUCCCCAUAGAUGUGAACUUUUGAGCUUUUUGUUGGUAUUGGACUACAUUGGCAUCAACAUGGCCUCCCUGAAUUCCUGCAUUAAUCCAAUAGCUCUGUAUUUGGUGAGCAAAAGAUUCAAAAACUGCUUUAAGUCGUGCUUAUGCUGCUGGUGCCAAUCAUUUGAAGAAAAACAGUCCUUGGAAGACAAGCAGUCAUGCUUAAAGUUCAAAGCUAAUGAUCACGGAUAUGACAACUUCCGUUCCAGUAAUAAAUACAGCUCAUCUUGAAUGAAGGAAUAUUCACUUAAUCUCAUCUUCUUUAUUUUGGACAGAAGUCAUUAAGACAGUGAGGCAUUUGCCAAAACAAAACAACUGUGUGUUUGCACAAAAUAAUGUAAAAAUGUAAGACUGAUUAUUUUCUUAACACUCACAGUUACAUAUGACAUUUUAUGAGCUGUUUACAGCACGAGAAGAAAAGCAUCAAGAAUUAAAAGCCUCAUUGUGAAAGC